UAUAACAGGGUUCUACACACCUUCCUCAUGCCUUCAUCAGUAUCACCUCAUUACCAACAAUAUGAACUGGACUGAUGCCCAGAGUUACUGCAGAGAGAAAUACACUGAUCUGGCUACAGUAGAUGACAUGGAGGACCUGAACAGGCUGAUUACCAGUGGCAGUAGUUAUAAUUACUGGUUCUGGAUUGGACUGAAGAAGGGAGACUCCAUGAAGUGGCACUGGUCUCUGUCAGACAGACGUUUCUACAGAGAGGGGGAGACUGAGUUCAGAAACUGGGACACUGGGACACCCCAAAAUGGUAACUGUGCUUUAAUGAGUACAGCUGGUCUGUGGAACAACACCUCCUGUGAUGACCAGCAUCAUUUAAUCUGUUAUGAUGGAAAACAAGACACCAACCUAACAUACGUCUUAAUUCAGGAGAACAAGACCUGGAUAGAUGCUCAGAGUUACUGCAGACAGCAUCACACAGACCUGGUCAGUGUGAGGAACCAGACUGAGAACACAGAGAUAGAGAAGAAGAUAUCACUGAGUGGACUUCAUGUGUGGAUCGGUCUGUUUCAAGACUCCUGGAUAUGGUCAGACCAGAGUGACUCCUCAUUCAGAAACUGGUGGCCAGGAUGGCUUUCAACAGAACAGGCAUUCAACUGCACUCUGGUGCAUUCUAAUCCUUCUUCUCCUUAUCAUGCUAAAUUGAGAAAUGAUCCCUGUGAAAACGCCUUUCCUUUCAUCUGCUAUGGUAAGUUACCAUAUUCUCCACCUGAUCUACCUGAUACUAUGAUGACAGGAGAACUAAUGUUGCACCCAUGAUUCACUACUGUCAUUGUGGGAUUGUAUUCUAUUCUUGGCAUAGCUGUGGAGACCACAACUG